UAAUGUAGCAGAUGAGGAUUGUAACACCAUACAACACUAAAUGGGAGACGGGCUAAACAGGGCGAGACACGGCAGUGAUAGGAACUGGGGGCGGGAGCAAUACCAGAACCCCUCUCCCGCUAGUGCUUCUUUGGACGACUCUCAUUUAACCGCCAACAGGGUAACACGACUCUCGCCCGAGCGGGACUCUAUUCCGAACAGGAAUCUUAUUAAGGCUAAGACUGGUAGCAUCGAGAGGAAGAUAGGACUGGGAAAUAUAUACUGUCAAAAGUCACAGGGAACAUUGUUAGACAAAUGGAAAGAGUAUACGCAAGGUGAGGACGAGGAAUCUAUCAUCGAGAAUAUUUAUACUCCCCAUACAUCGAGUGGGGAAUGCUCCGUGGUGGUGGCUAAAAAGGAUAAAAUGCCGAGCGAACAGUCGAGGGAGAAGCUACGAGAUCUGAGGAUCAAAGCAAUGGCGCGAGAACAAGAAGAGUUGGACACUACACAGACCCAGUUCACAAGUCAGCAAGUCAUCAUCAAAUACGACACCCAGGAUGCGGGAGGUCAGGCAUCAGGCGGCAACUUCUACGCCAUGCCUAAAGGUAAAUCUCUCGCAACCGGGGAGGAGCCAGUCAGCGAUGAUGAGAGUCAUGGUGGUAAAAAGGAACAAUGGUAUAAAAAAGCUCGCAAGAUAUUCCUGCAGAAACACUAGUAGUCUCACAACAUUGUCUAUUUUCUUUGCUAAUUCGGUUUUAUUGCGAUCUUAAAGCGACAACUUAAACAAUUUUCCUGUUUACGGAGUAAUGAAGAACUGAGAACAAGGGAAUAAUUUUGUGAGUUGUUUCAAAUUUUGGUCUAGUUUUGAAAUGAAGAGCUAUGUGAACAUGGCUUGAGAACGAAGGAUGUCAUUAUUUUUGAGACAAUUCUGGACAAUUACUGAAUUCUUGUAAAAGCAAAUUUAGGUUUAAUGUAAUUUAUUCAUUGAUAUUUAAGAUAAAUUAUUAUAGGAAGCUCUUUGGUCAUGGCUUAUUCGUAAUUAAUCUAACUUUGGUAUUUUCUUAUAAUGGUAUGCUUAAUAUUUAUUUUUCAUCUUUGUUUGAUCAUUGUU